CAGGAGAACCCACAGGAUGGCGAGCGGUAUUGGAGCCACGUGGGGGUGAUGGUGGAAUUUGCGGUGGCCAUGAUGGCCAAGUUGGACUCCAUCAACAAACACUCCUUCAACAACUUCAAGCUGAGGAUCGGUAUUAACCACGGCCCUGUCGUUGCCGGGGUGAUAGGGGCCCAGAAACCCCAGUACGACAUCUGGGGGAACAGUGUCAACGUGGCCAGUCGGAUGGACAGCACUGGGGUCCUGGGCAAGAUACAGGUGACGGAGGAGACAAGUCGUGUGUUGAGUCGUCUGGGGUACACGUGCCGACCCCGGGGCGUUGUCCAGGUCAAGGGCAAAGGUCAGCUGCUCACCUACUUCGUCUGCACCGACCUGACCCGCUCCAACUCCCAGGGCAACGUGCUCAACUGAGGAGGAGGGGGAGGGGUUGGGAGACGGAGAGGUUCCCCCCACGAACCCCCAACCCCUCCCACGGCCUCCAGAUACCAGCUUCUCUUGACUCCCACCCCACAGCCCCACCCCCUCCCCUCUUCCUCCCUGUGUCGGAGCGGGAGGGUGGGCAAGGUGGGAUCACUGGUGUCCGUGGGGGGGUGGGGGAAGGGGGGGGAGUGGAGGGGAAUCUGUCCCGUUCCCACCUUCCCAAAUCUCGUGUGGUGUCCGCCCCCUCUUCGCCCCAGGCAGUUUCCCCCUCCGACUCGGAUCUGGGCUCAGGUUCGGGGGUGGGGGGAGUGGAGUUGGGGAGGUGGGACAGUGUAGAGGGAGCUUUACUCUGUCUCUAACCCCGUG